UUUUUAGCCUUACACACACAUGCACAUAUUAUUGGUGAAAGGUUUAAAUCGUCUUCUGUGUGAAUAUAACUCAUCAACACAGUCACAGGAGUUAGGGAUCAUGAGGAGACGAUUGCGAUCAUGUUAAACGAGGAAUUAGAACUAAACGACAUGAGUGAGCUUGAUAGAGGACCAAGAUUUCUUGAGGUCAAAUGCGACUGCACCAACAGAAAGUACGGUGAUUUCACCGGAAGGCUUAGGAUUUCUACCUGUGGCCAUGUUGUGAUCGCUUGCGAGUCCAACCCCAACUGUCCGGAAGGCAAGUUUCUUUGUCCAAAUUAUUUGUCACCUUUUAUAUUUAUUUGUUCAUAUUUUCCAGAAUGGCAAUGGUCUCAAGGUUUUUUUUCGACUUUGACUCCUGAUAAUUUCCUAAAACAUUGCGGGAAUGAAGGGACGAGAAGUUGGAAACGCAACAUUUGGGUCAUCGUAAACGACGAGAAGGUUGCUCUCCAGAUCAAGGUCGGUCUACUCCAGUACUACAAAAAUGCAUCAAUAUAUAUGAAUAUCAGUAGUACUGACUCAAAAAGCUCCGAACGUGAACGAAAAUUUCAUCGCGAUGAAUUCAUAAAAUGUUCAACAUGUAAUAAGGAGCGCAUGACGUUUCGUCUUCGAAAUCGUGAGCAACGUCUGAUAUUGUGUCUGUUUCGGCUGCCUCAAGUGCCCUAUGGACUCUGACUGCCGCACAUGUGCCUGUGAAAUCAAGAAAUGGCACACUUGCCUCAACAAAUGGGGCCAACACAAAACUUUGAAAUAUUUAA